AUGUCUGCAUUUCCCCUUCAGACAUUCUCCCGAGAAUCUUCAGGUGGCGGAGCUCCGAACUUUGGCUACCCACCACCUCCCAGACAGACGCCUCCUUCGGAUGGUGGCUAUUCACCACCACAACCUUCAGUGAAUCCAUUUGCAGAGAAUCCGCGACGAAACCAACCUGUUUAUUCGGGUGGGCAAUUUGCGCCCCCACACUCAACGCCUACUCCACCUAUUGACCAGAAAGCUGUCCAGCAGCACAGUAUUGGUGCGUACAACCAUAAUGCGGCACUUGGACAGCCUUCUGCCUCAUCACCAACCCCUCCCUCCCCUCCCUCGGAGUCGGCAAGAAUGACCAGAAUUCCCGGGGGUGCGCCGGCGUAUGGCGAAUUCGUUGGAGCCCAAUCAAUAACCCGGGAUGACGUUGGGACUUUCAAUGGAGGCAGUUACAGACUCAGCCACCGGGACACAAACUCACUUCUGACUCUUCAAUUGGCAAUGGGAUGUCCAAUGACCGUGAGACCAGGUGCAAUGGUCUCAAUGUCCCCAACCAUCACCCUGAUGGGAAAAUUUAAGUUCUCCUUCAAGAAGCUGAUUUUUAGUCAUCUAAGAAGCAUGACUAUGUCGACUUUCACCGGCCCGGGCGAGGUGUUGCUUGCACCCCCUAUGCUAGGAGAUAUCAUUGUCCUCCGUAUCCAAGAGGAAGACAACGGCAAAGCCAAAAGAUGGCAAGUCGGCAGAGAUUCCUUCUUAGCCCACACAAGCGGUGUACACCACGAAUACAAGUCUCAAGGACUCAUGAACGCUUUCUUUUCCGGAGAAGGUCUCUUCGUUUACGAAAUCACCGGCGUUGGACUGCUUUGGAUGCAGAGUUUCGGCGCAAUCAUCAGGAAAGAACUUGCCGUAGAUGAAGUAUACAUCGUUGACAACGGCCAUCUUGUGGCAUGGAACUGCACGUAUACAAUUAUGCGUGUUGCCUCUGGUGGUAUCAUAUCUGCAUUCGGUUCCGGCGAAGGUGUCGCUUGCCGGUUUAAAGGUCCGGGAGUAAUCUACUUCCAGACAAGGAACCUCAAUGCUUUUGCUGCACAAAUGAAGAUGAGCACGGCCAGUGGCUGA